AUGGCUGAGCGAGACACAGGGUUGAAGUCGAUGCUGAAGGGUGCCACGACGGUCGAUGCCAUCAUCGGCGACUGGCUGUCAGAGUUUAAUUUGGCAUCAAGGUCGCUUCAGGCCCGGGCGGGCAGAAAGGGUGGCUAUGAGCCUGGAUUCCUGUAUUCGCUGAGGGACGCUCUGGACGAAUACAUCACGUACCGAAACUCGCACCUUCGGAUCGCGGUAAAUGCGGGGGGCCUCAAUCCCCAGGGUCUGGCCGACGAGGUGCAAAAGCUACUGUCGUCUCGAGGCUGCCAGAGGAAAGUUGCCUAUGUCAUUGGCGACAAUUUACUACCACAAAUCGACCGCCUCGAGAUCCAGCCCUUAACCCGGGCGACGGGGCCGUUUGGGAGCUGGAAACAAAAGUACCCCGACAUCAUCUUAGCCACCGCCUACACUGGCUGCUGGGGCAUUGUGCAAGCGCUGCAGGAGGGCGCCGACAUUGUCAUCUGCGGACGAUGCACCGAUGCAAGCACGGUCAUGGGAGUUGCGGCUUGGUGGCAUGGCUGGAGCCGGACUGAUGUCGAUAAGUUGGCCGGCUCGCUGGUUGCCGGGCAUUUGAUAGAAUGUGGCUGCUAUGUGACUGGAGGCAACUUUGGAGGGUUUCAGAGCCUCUUUCCGAAGUACUAUGACCUCUCGUUCCCGAUGGCGGCCAUUGCCGUCGAUGGGACCAGCGUCAUCCAGAAACACAACGACCAGAACGGAAUUGUGACGGUCGACACAGUGCGCGGCCAGCUGCUUUAUGAAAUUCAAGGGCCGUUCUACUACAAUCCCGACGUGAUCGCCGAUCUAUCCGGCAUACGGUUGGAGCAGGUUGCGCAAGACAAAGUCUAUGUCUCGGGGUUCAAAGGUAUUCUGGCUCCGGAGACGCUCAAGAUUGCCGUGAUGGCGCUGGCAGGAUACCAAGCCGAAUUCUCAGUGUACGUGACUGGCCUCGACACGAAAGAGAAGGCUCAAAGCUUCGAGACCAUGUCUCGGCGCAUGCUGGACACCAGUCAGUAUGAUGUGCUGGACUUCCAGCUCUAUGGAUCUCCCAAAGAAGAUCCCCAAAGCCAGCUGGAAUGUACCUUACAGUUUCGAGUACUCGCCCAAGCCAAGGAUCCAAAGCUCUUGAGUGCCGGGCGCUUCCUGGGACCGCUCAUGAGCAACCAGUUGUCCGGAUACCCAGGUCUCACUGCCAACGUGGAUUUCAGAACGGCAGAGCCCAAGCAGCUCUGCACAUACUUCCCGGGGCUGGUCAACCAAAGCCAUGUUCAGCUCUCUGUCCACUUUGUCUCACCCCUGGUUGGCAAGGGAGAAGGCGUUCUUGUUCCGAGACACGAAGUCUACACGCCCAUACAUCAACUUCCAUCUCAGCGAGACUACCAGCCAACUGAUCCGGCACCAUUGUCUUCCUUUGGGCCCACCGUCAAGGCCCCGCUCGGGUUGGCCGUGUAUGCCAGGAGCGGGGACAAAGGGGCCAAUGUCAAUGUUGGAUUUUUCAUUCCACGAGGUCUCCGGGAAUCAGAAAAGUAUGCGUGGCUGAGGAGCCUUCUCACUACGGACACCCUGAGAGGCAACGAAGCUUCGUCGGAAACAUAUAUCGAACGCUGUGAAUUUCCCGGAAUCUAUGCAGUCCAUUUCGUAAUCCACGGCCUCCUCGGUGCAGGAGUGAGUACCUCUGUCAAGAUGGAUGCGCUGGGCAAGAACCUUGCUGAGUAUUUGAGGGCUCGGCACGUCCAUAUCCCCGAGAAGUUUCUUGCUAAAGAGGCGGUCUUGUAG